AUGGAAGACACGAUUGUUCCCUUGUUAUUCAAUUCCUAUCUGUACUUGCCGAAAGACCCUCACAUUCGCGAUGGGUUCAUGGAAAUUCUGCCCGGAAUGUUUUCAAAUACCCAGCCCGGAUCAUAUCUUCAUACCAGCACUUUGGCUGUUGCGUUCUUUACGGUGGCUGCAUGGACCGGGCAAGCCCCGUUACUGCGCGCUUCAGAGCGGUACUUCACCAAGGCCUUGCCGAAAAUUCGAGAUGCUCUGCGCACGAACGACGACUCGGAGUUUGAUAAUAUUCUGGUAUCUAUUCUUUUACUAUCCACAUAUGAGGAAUUCGUGGCCAUCAAAGACUGGGAAAUGCCUCUUAAAGCUCACCUGAGGGGCGCAAUAGCUCUAAUAAACGAGAAAAGGACUAAAAGAAUGGAUUCUCAAUCUUCAACAAUCUACGAUGCCGUGGAAUCACAAAUCAUCAAGACCACUCGAGGUCUGGAUAACCCAAUGGUUCCAACACCACAGGUCUGGCCAUUGUCUCAGACUGCUAGCAUGCCUCCCUCGCCGCGUGCUCUACUUUCCUCUGCCGCAUCGGAACUCGUCAAUCUACGAUCCGCAUGGGAGCGGAUGAUGAGCCAGCCAGCUAUGGAAGAAGAAGCCACUACAAUCCUUGGCAAAGCCAAUGAACUUGAUAUAAAGCUCAUUUCGUGGUCAUACCAGGUCCCACCGCACUGGAUGCCAGUCGCUGCAACCAUAAUUCCCCAGUGUGUUCGAAAUGCGGGAAUCUGGCACAACCGAUGUGACUGCUACUCGAGUAUGUGUAUUGCAGCGACAUGGAAUACAUUCCGUGACUGUCGCCUUGUUCUACAAACCAUCAUGCUCAGUUGCCUGCGCAUACUCUACUUGCAAGAUCCCGGCUGCAGACGGGUCACUGCAAUUCAGGAUACAAUCCGCGGUAUUGCGGAUGACAUAUGUGCAACCGUACCAUUCUUCCUCGGUAGUCAAAGCGAAUCUAUUCGCAUGAAAUAUGGUCUUGUCGAGUACCCAUACGCUGAAACAAGGCCGGUCACUCUCACGCACAAGCAGUCGGCACCUCUGAUCGGUGCUUGGCACAUGUUCGGUUAUUUGAGAAACCUUCAGAGCGCUGAUCUUAAUCUGCCUGGAGCCCAGCAGGUCUGGCUCAAAGAGCAGAUGGAGAGAAUAUUGGUCAUUUACUUCCAAAAAUAG